GUACAUAGCCGUUGAUAUCCAGUUGUUCAUUUUUGGAUUAAUUAUAUAUCUGGUGUGCCGAACUUCAAAAUCUAGGAAGAUAGUUCUCCCAACUUGGUUUUUCAUCGGCAUCGCCAUUACAGCAGCUCACACCUACUUCGAAGACUUGGACGGCACCGUCAUGACUACUCCUGAAGUCAUUCGGAACCACAUCAGGGGAGACCCGACGUUCUUAAAAGUGUACAGACGAAGUCACACCAAUAUACCCUGUUACAUCCUGGGGAUGGGUGCAGGAUACCUGUUUUAUUAUUGGCAGAAGAUUGACCUCAAUUUGGAUAAAUUAAAGAAAUAUAACAUGCUCUGCUGGAUGGCUGGUCCCCUGCCACUAGUCCUGGAUUGUGGCAUUAUAGUUUUGGCCUCGUAUUUCUACAUGGACGCGCCUAGAUCUUCAGUUAUGUUGAGAACAAUUUAUGCUGCAACUGCGAAACCUGUUUUUGGAUUACUUUUAACAGUACUCCUAUGCGCAAUGAUCAUGAAACUUGAAAAUGUCUUUCGUCUAAUGUUCGAGUGGGAUUGGUGGGCGAUCGUGGCGCGACUCUCUUACUGCAUCUACACUCUCCAUAUGACCAUUAUUCGGUACACCGCAUCACUGUCCACCGUUCCUUUCCAGCAUUCGCCUAUGGCAAUGGCUCAAUACUACCUUUUCAUCUGGAUCGUCUCUUUGCUCUUCUCCAUUCCGCUGUGGUUGCUGGUCGAAGAACCGAUGAAUCAAAUGUGGAAACGGUGUCUAAGCUCUUCCUCUAGGACGGCGCACACACAGAAGAAAAUUGAACCGGAAUUGCAAACAAAAUCAAAGUUUUAA